CAUAAUGUUGGAUUCAACUAGGAGUCUUGUGCUGUUCCAGCUGCUGUUGCUCUUCGCGGUUGUAUUGAUCUAUCUUAGAUCCACAACCCCGGACAGCUUGGAGCCGCAGGAAGUGGAACACCUGAAAGAACCUCCGCCGGCAGAUCGUUUAGUUGUACUCGUACGGGAUGGAUUAUCUGCUCAGACAUUCCUGGCCAAUCGUUGCACCAACGUGCCACUGUUGCGGGAACUCUUCCUGCACCAGGGACUGGUUGGGAUUAGUCGUCCGGAGACAAUCACCUACCACUCGAUAUCGCCAUAUAUUUCCUUGUUUUCCGGAUUCAAUGAGGAUGCAGCCAGCGUGGCACGAGGCUGGCUAGGAAAGCCAGCAUCCAUUGAUUCAAUAUUCGAUCGGUGUAAACGCAGUUUUGCUUGGACAACGACAGAGCUAAUCUCACGGUUUCCCAAAAUCGAAAGACCCAGGGAAUUGUCUUUUGAGAAAUAUGGAGAAGGUGUUACGAAGUCAUGCUCCGAAAUGGAAGACUUCGUAUGUCGGUCUGUUCAAAGAUUUCUAGGCGGUGGAUCCCGCCUCGUGCUAAAUUCCACAGGAGUCAUAUUUUUCAUUCACAUGACCGGUGUGGAGCCCUCCUGUGAAAGCCUGCAACGAAUUCAAGAAAACGUGUGGAGCCUCUACAAAAGUUUUGAGAACACUUUUCCCGAUCAAAAAACAGCUUACCUAUUCACUUCUAAUCUUGGCGAUCCCCAAACGAAAAGCGAGUACCCUCUGGCAGUUGAAUCCCCGUUCUUUCUUUGGGGAUCUGGCGUGAAUCACGUUAAAUCCAUGCCCGGGCGCAGCUUUGCGGCCAACGAGACGGGAUUCAGGCUGCCCUUGCAUGUCCUCAAUCCUCCUCACCUGACAGCCUUGAUGAGUUCCCUUCUAGGAGUCCCACCACCAGUCUAUAGCCGCGGAAUGCUGCCCAAGGGAAUGCUCAACGCCAGUUUGCGCUACGAGGCCAACGCCAUGCUGACCAAUGCCAAGCAGCUUCUGGCACAGGCUCGCCGGCUGCGAGAACUCCAUCCCAAAAGGAUGCCCGCCUUCUGGCUAAACUUUCAGAUGAUGGACAACUUUCUAAAGGAGUCUGUGGCCCUCCAAAAGCAGCGACGUUUCAGGGCUCUCUUGGAUUAUAGCUGCAAUUAUAUGCCUGUGUUGAUCAAGGGAAUGGACUACUUCAAGGAUUACUAUAGACAUGUCUCGGUUAUGGCAGUGAGUUUUGCUGGAAUCGCUUGGAUAUAUUGCCUGCGCUGUCAUCUAACAGUUGGUAAAAAGUGCAGAAACCAAAUUGAAAUCCUAGAGGUAAUCUCCUCCAAGCGUUUGGUGUAUGCCCGAGGAUUUCAUCGAUUGCUGACAGUUGUACUCGUGAUUAUUAUGAUGCUCGAAAGGAUUCCACUGGUGGUACAGGCGAUUCUGCUCGUACCCUCACUGUACUGGAGGACGACGCUUAAAAUUUUGGGAGAGAAACCAAAAAUGGUAUGCCGUAAGAGUUUGAUCUCCACCACCUUACUGGCAUUAAUCUGUUUGGGUGGCUUCUUCCGACGCUACAUCCUGGCAGUGGGCUACUUGGGAUUUGCUUCCUAUAAAAACAGGGAAGCCUUCAAGAGAAGGGGACUUCAGUUCUACCUGUGGCUACUACUGCUCCUUGGACUCACCGUGGUAUCGGCUCUUCCGGAAUCGCUGGGCUGCUCCCAGCCCGGAGCCCUUAUGUUUAGUAUCUUUCUUACUCUAUUGCGUCCUUUGGCCUGUGGCGUGUACAUUAACCCUCUCACCUGGCUGAGUAAUAUACCGGUUCUCCUUGCUGCCUUGGAGUACAUCCUGAUCGGCUGGCAUCCGUGGGUUAUGUACUUGGUAUCCUGGAUCUAUUUGGGAUUUUUUGCCCUUUGGCAGCGACGCAAUCUGCAGGCCAGCGAGGUGUUCUUCUUCAACCUGAGCACACUGUACACCCUCACCUGCACCUCUAAUGAAUCGGUGGUUAUCCAGAUGCUGGCCAUGGAGUUGCAGCUGGCCUUGCGGAUGAAACUGAAGAGAAAUGAAAGCAUUGGUCCGAAGACAGCCGCGCACUACAUACUAGUGUACAGCUGGUAUUCCCUUUUCGUCAUUGGCAGCUUCCCGGCUUUCGAUGACUUCCUGGAUAUCUUGCACGAGACUUGCUUUGGAUACUCACCUCUCACUUACGGUCUGGUUAUGGUGCUGAAGCUAAUCCUUCCCUGGCUGCUUGUCCUCAGUAUCCUGGCGGGAAACUACAAGAAUCUGGCCUCAAGCGAACGGGAAAUCUUUGUGAGGCUUUUACUUAUGAAUAGUGCCAUGUCGCUGGUGCUUUUGCAUGGGAUUACAAAUGUUGGUCCUUGGCGGGAGAUCCUCAGCAGAUUCGCUGAGUUUGCGGUAGUCCAGGUAUUUCCACUUGUCUGGCUGCUACUGUGGCGAUUCACGCAGCUUAAAGUGGGCUCCAAGUGGAUGUCCCAGCUUCCGAAUGAAUUACUCUAAGAUAAAUGCAAUUGUUUAAAUAAAGCGAAGAA